UCUCAAUAUCUCCAUUAUUUUCAUUCCUAAACUCCGAUGGUGAUGGAGUCGGAGGCCAAGAUCGGCAUGACCGAUUGGGGUUCGCAAACGAACUGGACUAUUGCUUCUGGUUCUCUCAAAGAUUGUAUCACCUUCGAAUCCUCACUGUCUCUGGCCAAUGAAGUUGGCGAUGAAGUAGGAGCGACCACUGUGGAUUCGACACCUAAAUCCUCUCUUAUCCUCUAUCCUGCUUCAGCUGAUUCUGGCCCUUGCGAGAUCAAGAUUAGCUUUGCACAAAAGCAUGAGGUCUUACAAGUUUAUGUUCGAAGUACAGCCAGAGUGUAUGAAAUUUACUGUGAACCUGAUGUGCAGAGUAGUAAUGAGUAUCUCUGUACUGUUCGCUGUGGCAUUGCUGCUAGAGAUGGAGAGGUUCUUCAUGCAUUAAAUGUUGAAGAAGUUGUUUCUUCACAUAUUAAGGGCUUUAACAAAGAGUUGGCUGAAGAAAAUAAUAGAAGUGAAGAUGACUGGGUUGAUGUAAAAAUUCCUGAUUCUCCUGUGUUGGAUAGGGGAAACCAUGGUUUGCAAACAAAAUCCUGUAGUAACUCAGCAAAAAGCAGUCAGGAUCUCUAUGAGGCUACCGCAGAGACCUCUGAUCUGAUUCUGAAAGACAAGAGAGCAAUGCAGAAAGCUCGUCUGGCAGUUCUCUUAUGUCUAUGUUUCUUCCGACUCUGAUGCAAUUAUCAAAGACAACUGCUCUGAGCCACAUAAAUGAGAAGUAUCCACCUGUUAGAAAGGAAAAGCUAUAUUUUCCAGAAGUUGAUGUGGGAAGAAGUCAUCUAUGUGACUCUGUAAUUCACACCCAGCCAGAAGGAAGAGCUAGCAAAACUGAUCAUCAAGAAGGGGAGCUUCGAAAGGUGAAUGAAGAAAGUGUGGGUCCAUCUCAAUCAGACAUGCUCUUGCAAGAUGCUUCUGUUGAUAGCAAUCCUACAACAACCUCCCCCGCUGCUAUAACAGAGAUCAACCAGAGUGAAACACCCUCACAAGCUACUAAAAUAAAGAGCAACGACAGUGAUGUGCCCUCAAAAGCUACGGCUGUGGAGAAAAAUCGUAGUGACUGUCUGGGUGUUAAUGUGGAAAGGGCCCUGGAGCAGCUUGUGUCUCGAAUGGACAAAAUGGAAGCAAUCUGUUUGGGCUUUCAAGAGAAAAUGCUAAUGCCCAUAAGCAGCAUUGAGGCUAGGCUCCAGCAAGUAGAGCAGCAGCUUGAAACACUGACCAUCAAAUUACAGAAUUCUGGAUUCCCAUCGUGCUCUAGAACUUAUGCUCCAGAUAGUUCCUGCACUCAGUCAGAUGCUAACUCAUGUGACAAUUGUCAUGGUAGUAGUGUCACUGGAGGAUUGAAACCAGACAAGAACGGUUCUCAUAUUGAAGGACUAUCUGUCUCCUCUAACGAUAGUUCUGAUUCAGCUAAUGCUACUCAAUUGCACCCUGGUCUCAUAGUCACAGCUCCUGAGUUUCUUGAUGCUGAGGAUGAAGAAGAAAAUAAAA